UUUUUUUUUUUUUUUUUUUUUACGACAAAAUUUUAAUUCAAGGAUAAAAUUGGUUCAUAUAAAUGGUCUUCAAACAAAGAAAAAUGCUUAAACAACAGAAAUAUACAUUAACAGAAAUAGAAAAGUCAUCUUCUUUAAGCUUGUAUUACUUUUGACAAUACCGAACAAAAAUUGAAAAAAAAGACAGGUAUAAAACAGAAUGAAACACAAUGAUAUAUUGACAAUCAAAAAACUUAAACUUAUAAUGGACGGUGACCAAAAGCAUUACAACCAUGAUAUUAACAAUUCAGUAGAUAAUUCACAAAACAGUUAUGUAAAUAGCAAACAAAAAAAUGAAUGCACAAAUAAAUUUUUUAUGAUUCUUAUGUAUCUUCUGGAACCCAUACUUCCAUCUGACGGAACGAAAUCCGACGGGCGUAUUGCAAGCGUUGUCUAUUUAAUAUGCUUAACGACAGCAGGGAUUGUUAUGAACAUUACUGCAUGGUUACAAAAUGAUUCUAAUAUUGUGGGCAUAACAACUGAUCACAUUGACGGUUUUCUUAUAACAUGUAUUCUACCUGCCCUAAUUUGGAUAUCAUAUAUAUUUUGCAAAAAAAAUGACCGUAAAACUGUUGACUUUAUAAGCACAUUACCGCAUUCACAUAGACCUUUAAUGGCAGGAGCAUAUGUUUUCGGAGCCGGCAGUUCCGUUAUGGAUAUUUUGCAUAUUUCUUUUUAUCUGCAAUGUUCUAGCAAUAUAUCAAGUUUAUUCUUUUCCCUUUUUAAAGCUGUAUUUAUACUAACUCAGAUUCUUUUUUUAAGAAAGUUUGCAAAUGCUACUUGGCACAAAUCGCAAAACAUAAGGUUGGUGUUGUUUCAUAUUCUUGGAACAAAUAUAUGCAUUUGGUUUCGUGCUCUGUUCAGUCACGCCGAACUUCUUUUUAAAUCUGCUGAAGAAGCAGUACCAGGUCAUAGAUUUUGGUGUGGUGCUGAUAAUGUACCAAUGUCUAGGAUAUGGAGCAUCAGUGAACCAUAUCUUUAUCCUUUUACUAUGGAGUAUUCACUUAUUGCUGGCGGUAUGUUGUAUACAAUGUGGAGUGGAAUGAGAGAUUUAGAUCCUGAUCCACAAGACAUUUACAUAUAUGAUGAAAUACAUCACGAUGCUGAAGGAGAUGAUAAAGAUCGAAACAUGAAAGAUUUCCCCGACGAUAGUUCUGGUUAUCUUGGAAGUGCUUGCAGCCCAUCGUUAUCUCGAUCCCAAAGCCACAUUUCAUUAUACAGUCGAAUUUCAAACCAAUCUAUUUGUAAAUCAUGUCUGGAAAUUCACGAAUCACAUGAGAUUACAGAUACAAAAAAACCAUCUUCAGAUCCAGGAUUUCUUCUCGGAAUAUUGCUUUCUAUUUUGUUAUUUAUUUCAGUAGCAUUUCUUUGGAUUGACAAGGAUUCUUUCCAUGCUUUAAAGUUUUAUUAUAUUUACCAGAUUACUCUUCAUUCGAUUACAAUAGUUUGUUUAUGGAUGAUUUUAAAAGCGCUUCAACUGCAGCGUCCUUCUUGGUAUCCAUACAAAUCGGACGAUUCCCUCCUAAUUGUAUCAUUUACUGGUGUUUUCUUAUACUCUGGGUUAAGUUUCACCGCAGCAGUGACAGAGAUACAAUAUUUUGAAGGAAUUGGUAUAUUUUCUCUGAUUAAGUCUAUACUAGUACUUAUAGAGUCAAUGCUUCAAGUUACAACUAUAGUUAAAGCCAUGCGAUUUAGACCGUCUUUAAUGACAGGAACACACGAAGAGUUAGUAAGACAAGGUGCUUUAUUUUUAAUGACAACAAAUCUUGCAUUAUGGGGUCAAGACUCGUUCUUUGAAUUGCGAAAUCUUUCAACAACACCUGUUCAGACAAAACUUUUUGGUGAAACUGCAUGGCGUGCCAUAACUAUAUUUGCUUACCCAUUGUGUAUAUUUUUUCGAUUUCAUUCUGGAGCAUGUCUUUUUGAAGUUUGGAGCUCUUUUAAACAGUAAUAAUUUUAAAAUUUUCUUUUAACAACUAAAAUAGGUUGUGUAAUAUUUCUAUAAGAGUCAUUUCUUACA